UUCCCCAAGAGAGAGAUAGAGCGCCCAAACCUCAGCUUCGGAUCCGAACCACCCGCCUUCGUUCGCCGAACCUGAGCUUCUGUCCGAGCCUCAGUUUUGUUGCCCAGUUCGUUGAAAAUUUCGCACUAUUUCGAUCACUUUAUCUCCCUCUCUCCCUCUCUCUCUCAGCUUCAAAGACGCCCAUUUUUCUCUCUCUCUCCGAUUCAAACCCUAACGCUUCGCCAUCUGACAGUCUCGGAGGAUCGGUUUCGAGCUUCAAUGGUCGCUUCUCAACGUCACUGACUAGUUUGGUGGAUCUGGAACGUAGCAGUUGCAGCCAGACUUAAAUGAUUGCAGUGAGGUAGGAUUUACUUCUUGCAAAACUUGAGCUGCUGAAAAUCUGUGGGCUAAAUUAUCUAUGCCUGGCAACGAAGUUGGAGACAGGGUCCACAAUUUCUUUGGCCAAGAAAACUUGUCACAGGGUCAGCUUCAUUCCCAGACCAUUGAUGGGAACUGGCCAGGGCUAAGUAACAAUCUAUGGGUUGGCAGCCAGAGACAGAUUGGUCCUCCCUUUAUUUCUAAUUUAAAGAAUUAUAGUGUACAGCAACCAGAUUCUGAUAGAGGUCAUGGGAGUCAAUCUUCACAUGUACCUCAUGGUUUGAACUUUGCACAAUCAAAUCUGAAGCCUGAGCUUGGUAGAGUUCAGUCUUCAAACCAACAGCCAGCUCUAAAUGGCUAUGUACAUGGGCAUCAAAUGUUACAGACAAGGCAGAAUGAAGCAAACUUUUUGGGAAUGGAUCCAGAAUCUGAUCGACAUAAUUUAACAUCAAGAGGCUUGUCUACACAUGAGUCACUAAGAGGAAAUGGUCUGGAACAUAAUAAAAAAAAAUCAGCAAGGUUGGAAACUGCUGAAUCUCCUGUUAGUUUUGAUUUUUUUGGAGGUCAACAACAAAUGAGUGGCCAGCAUCUCAAUAUGCUGCAAUCUUUGCCAAGGCAGCAAUCAGGGAUGAGUGACUUGCAGCUAUUACAGCGACAUGCUAUGCUCACACAAAUUCAAGAAUUGCAGAGGCAGCAACAACUCCAGCAACUAGAAACAAGACAACAGGGUUUUGCAAAUCAGGUUUCCCCAAUUGCAAAACAGGCAGCUGUUAACCACUCAUCAUCCCUGAUCAAUGGUGUUCCCAUUAAUGAGUCAUCUAACAAUUCAUGGCAGCCUGAGCUUAUGGCAGGUAACACAAAUUGGCUGCAGCGUGGUGCAUCCCCUGUUAUGCAAGGCUCUCCUGCUGGAAAUAUGUUUUCCCAUGAGCAAGGCCAGGCACUGCGCAUGAUGGGUUUGGCAUCUCAACAGGCUGAUCAAUCUCUCUAUGGGGUUCCUAUAUCUAGCACAAGUGGCACAGCUGGUCCGUAUUCUCAUAUGCAAAUGGAUAAGUCUGCAAUGCAGCAGCAGCAGCAGAUUUCAGGCGAUAGUAAUUCCUUUUCAGGCAAUCCAUAUGCUGCAUUUCCUGAUCAGGUUAGCAUGCAAGAUGGAACUCAGGCUCCUAGACAGGACUUUCAAGGGAAAAAUACAUUUGGGCCUGGUACUGGUCAAAGUUUAAGCAGUGGAUUCAAUUUGGAAAACUUGCAGCAAAUAAAUCCCCAGCAAAGAAUUGCAUCCAUGCAGGAAUUUCAAGGGAGGCAAGAGGUAGGUGGAUCCUCAGAAUCAUCACAGGAGAAAGCUUUUGUGCAAGUUACAUCUUCGCAGAAUGUGGCUACCCUAGAUCCAACUGAAGAGAAGAUUUUGUUUGGUUCUGAUGAUAAUCUUUGGGAUGCCUUUGGUAGGAAUACCAACAUGGGUAUGGGAGGUUUUUUGUUGGAUGGUACAGAUUCCUUUAGUGGAUAUCCUUCUGUUCAAAGUGGAAGUUGGAGUGCUCUCAUGCAGUCUGCUGUUGCAGAAACUUCCAGUGGUGAUAUUGGGUCACAAGAGCAGUGGUGUGGCCCCAGCUUUAGAAGUCCUGAGCCCCCAAAAUCCCAUAAGCAGCCAUCAACUGUCAAUGAUGGUGGCAAACAAUUGGUUUGGGCUGAUAACAGCGUGCAACCUGCUUCUGCUCUGAAUUCUAGAUCAUGUCCCCUUGUGGUGGAUCCCAAUAGGCCUAGUUCAAGUAUUAAUUCUAUUAGUAUUCCAGAAUUUCAGCAACGGGGGCUCAGAACUCCACAAGGGCGGGGUGAGAUGUUGCAGGCUGAUUCUUCUCAAAAAUUUGUUCCACAAUUCUCAGAACAAGCAAAUAAAUGGUCAGAUCGUGGCCCUCCGCGAAGGCCAUCUGUGGAAGGUGGUCAAAAUUAUGGAAAUAUUGGUAAUUCACCUGGUGUAGAUUCAAAUAUGAAUAGCAUAUCUGGUUCCUGGGGCCGUCCUCAAAGCACAUCCUCUCAUAAUAGUGAUGGCCAACCCCGCAAUAGGCCAAAUGGUUGGAACUUUAUUGAGUCUAUGUCAGCAGAUGGUGGUGAUAAUUUUAGAAUCCAUGAGAAGAAAAACUCAUUGCAACCUGCUCAGAGCGGUGAUCAGAAGAGAAGCAUGCAUGAGGAAGUUGGUCAUGCUGCUGGUAUCUGGCGGACUGAUUCUAUUCCCAAUUCAGAUGCUGAGCUUGAACAAACAAAAUCUGCUGUAGGAAGCUCUCAUGUAGGGAGAGAGGGUUCCAGUAUAAAUAAUGCUGCAGUACCAAAUUCCAGCACCAUGAGGUCUAAAGAAAGCAGUCAACAGCUCCCAAAUAGUCACAAACUUGAUUUCUGGAAAACAGUUGAUUCUUCAAUGAACUCUAAGGGGGGUGAUGUUCUGAGAAAAAAUCAUCAUAACAUGGAUAAAAGUCCUCAAAUUUUAGAGUCAUCAGGGAAUAAUUGCGUGGAUAAGGGAACAGCGGAAAUGCAUGAGGUGGAGAACUUUAAUAAAAAAGAGUAUUCCAGUGACAGUUUUCGCUCCAGUGUACUCCAUAACUCCACUGGUGGUUUGAGGGAAAAUGUUUGGUCAGAUGCUGGUGAUUCACGUAGUUUACCUGGAAACAAACAAAAAUCGUCUGGUAAUGCUGCUCGAAAAACCCCUGGAGCUCGCAAAUUUCAGUAUCACCCGAUGGGAGAUGUUGAUGUGGAUGUUGAACCUUCACAUGGAACAAAACAGACACAUUCACAGACUGUGUCUCAGCAGGUCUCUCGGGGAUUAAAAGGAAAUGACCAAGGGAAUAUCGGGCAGUCAAAAUUUGGUGGUUAUGCUGAUAAAAAUUCCAUGGAAAUGGAGAAGGUGCGUUUAUCUGGUCAGGGAGACAUAAAAGGUGUAGAUGAAAUAACUUCAAAAAGCAUGUUUUCAGGUUUUGUACCAAAUACGUCUGCUCCAUUUGACAGAGGCAUUGGCAAUUAUACCCCAAACAGGGCUGCUCCAGCAAGUCAACAUAUGCUUGAGCUUCUUCAUAAGGUGGAUCAUCAAAGGGAGCGUGGCCCUUCUUCACAUUUAAGCUCUUCUGACCGCAAUACAUUUUCUGAGAUUCCCGAGGCAGAAACUUCUGAUGGAUCCAUUGGUCAAAUUCAGCGGAAUCAGUCUUCUGCUUCUCAAGGUUUUGGUUUGCAAUUGGCCCCUCCAUCUCAACGUAUGCCUAUUGCAGAUCAUGGCUUAUCUUCGCAGAGCACCUCACAAGCAGUUCACUGUUCAACUCGUGUCAUUCCUGAGAUAAAAGAAAAGGGUCUUGCACAGUUAUCUUCCACAGCCUCUGUUCUGCCCUUGCCCUCUUCUUGUGAACCAUCUCAAGGUCUUAGCAAUAAUAUUUCUGGUAAUUUUGGACAAAUUGGCAAUAAAGCCUCACAGUUCAAUAUCCAGCGAAGUUUUUCUACGGCUUUCACACCUGGUUUUCCUUAUGCAAGAAAUCUUGAAAAUCAGCAUGUGCCUGCUGCAAGUGGACAAGUAAUAGCUAUUAAUAUGCCUUUUGAUAGGCUUUCUUCCCAUUCCCAACACAUGGAUGACUCUUGUGAGAGAGGUCAAACUAGUCAUUCUGUUCCAGUGUCGGUGCCAGAUAUGUCGGGAAGUACUCUGCAAAAUAAUUUUGCUGCUUCUGCAGAGACAUCCCGUCUGAGCAGUACUGAGCAAACGCAUUCAAGAGAUCCAGCCCGGCAAAUUCUGGAGUCAAGUCUGACUCCGGUCACUCAGCCUCCUAUUACAUCAGGCAUGUCCGAACAAGGUGCCUUAUCUAAAGUGUCUUCAAAUGCAUGGACCAGUGUUACACCUCAGCAACCUUUAUUAGGUGCACAACCUUCCAAGCAUGCUUCUAAUUUGUUCAAAUCCCAGCUUCAGCAUGAUAACAAUUUGGUAACACCUUUCCCUGGACCGUCUAAACUCACUGAGCAAGAUAACCUGGAGGGAAGAAAUUGCUUACCCGGGCAUGGUAUUUCUGCAAACUCAGAAAGCUUUGCUGGGAAGGAGCAACCAGUCAAAGAAAUUCAUGGGCAGCAAAUAUUGUCUGACAACAAUGAUUCUGCCCAAAAGACACAAUAUGUUUCACAAGGAAAGGAAUCAUUUACAAAUAAUCUUUCUGAGGCAUCAUCAAAUCCUGUUGCUACCCAAAGAGAGAUUGAAGCUUUUGGCCGUUCGUUAAGACCGAAUAACAGUUUGCAUCAUAAUUAUUCCUUACUGCAUCAAAUGCAGGCUAUGAAGAGCACAGAGAUUGAUGCAAGUGAUAGGAGUGUGAAGAGAUUGAAGGGUUCAGAUUAUGGAGUAGAUCCUCAGCAGGUAGGUCAAAUUGGAGGACAGCAAUCACCAUAUGGAUGUAGUUCUAGUGUGAGAGAUUCAUCAGCUAACCAUACGGCGGUUCCUUCUGUUGACCCAAAUAUGCUUAGUUUUUCAUCCAAGCCUGGGGAUUUACGGGAUUCAAAUGCAUCUUCUCAGGAUAUGUUCGCAUUUGGUCGGAACAGUUCUAAUAAUUUUCCUAGCAGUAGUAAUGUACCUCCUGUUAAAGGUGAAAACUCCCAGAUUAGUCCCCAGAUGGCACCAUCUUGGUUUGAUCAGUAUGGAGCGUUUAAAAGUGUGCAAAUUUUGCCGGUAUAUGAUAUGCAAAGAACUGCCACUCCGAACUCUAUGGAGCAGCCCUUCAUAGUUGGAAAGCAGGCUGAUGAUCUGCAUGCUCGGAAUUCAAUAGAGAAAGAUAAUGCUACUGUUGAUGGUAGUAAAUUUGGUAAUGUCCCCCAAGGUUCUAUUCCCACAUCUGCAGUCAGUGAGCAUUUUACAUCUCCUUUAAUGCCUCCUGAUAUCACUGAUCAAAGCUUGGUUGUGAUGAGAUCAAAGAAGCGUAAAAGUGCCACAUCUGAACUUUUACCUUGGCAUGAUGAAGUGGUGAAGGUUUCUCGGAGGCUUCAGACUAUCAGUAUGGCUGAAGCAGACUGGGCCCAAGCGACAAACCGACUGGUUGAGAAGGUGGAAGAUGAAGCUGAAAUGAAUGAAGAUGCACCUCCAAUUCUGAGGUCAAAAAGAAGGCUUAUCUUUACAACACAACUUAUGCAACAACUUUUUCAUGCUCCUCCAGCAGUGUUGCUCUCUGUUGAUGCUAGCUCACAGUAUGAGAGUGUGGCUUACUUUGCUGCUAGGUUAGCAUUGGGCGAUGCAUGCUGUGCAAUAUCUUGUUCAGGAAAUGAUGCCAUAUUGCCUCCUAACAGUAAAAACCUCUCGCCUGAGGAGCCUAAAAAGGCUGAGAGAAAUGGAGAUGUGUACUUCUCAAAAGCUGUAGAAGAGUUCAUUGGUAGAGCAAGGAAAUUGGAGAGUGAUUUGUUAAGACUGGAUAAGAGAGCCUCAAUCUUGGACUUAAGAAUGGAAUGUCAAGAUAUGGAAAAGUUUUCUGUGAUCAAUCGGUUUGCCAAGUUUCAUGGCCGGGGACAAGCUGAUGGGGCCGAGACCUCAUCAUCAGAUACACCUGCAAAUGCUCAGAAAUGUUGUCCUCAGAAAUAUGUUACUGCGCUUCCAAUACCUAGAAAUCUGCCAGACAGGGUACAAUGUCUUUCACUUUGAUUAUUAAUUAAUUGAUUUUUCCCUCGCUUGGCCAAUUAUCUCCACAUUCCCCAUGCUUCUCUGGUCCAUUUUGUUUUCAACUUAUAUAAUGGCACAUGAUUCGCCAUAACAUUACCACACCAAUGGGAGUGUAGGAGAAGAAUGGAUACUAGAUUGUCUCCUUAAAAGCGAUGGAGACUGUUAGAUCUUUUGCAAUCUAGGUCAUUGAUCUCAUUCUUGGAAAUUAUAAAAUGGUCCUUGUAUACUUUGAAAAUCUGAAAAGGAACUGUGAUGCCCCUCAAUUUUUUUUUUUUUUUUUUUUUUUUCCCUUCUUCAGUAAAGGGGAGGAUAAAAUCUAGAUUCUAAAACGUGUUCAUACUGCUGUAAAUACAGGUAAUCAUGUUUUCUUGUUACUAAGCUAGGGAAAUUCAUGAAUUUGGGUGGAUGUUGACUCUGCAGUCCAUAGAUUCAAUUAAAUUGCCAGUCUUACACCAGGAAUAAGCUAUUGUUCCUUAAAAAUUUUCGAUUUUUCUAAUUAUUUGAUGUGACAUGUAUGAAUUUUUACUGAAGAUUAAGUCUUGUUCUUAUUGAGUUUGAGCUGAGAAAAAAAUUAUGAAAUUUUAGUUUUUAUAGGGAUCUAUCCUCGAUUUGGUGUAGGUUUCUGGUUCGAUUCCCUGACUUGAUCUGUCUUUUUAGUUAAUUAUGUUUUGCUUUCAUUUAAUUCUUGUGUUUUAUUGUGUGAUCUUGCUUCUGUCAGUGUGCAUUGUUCCUAAAGAUACAUAAUUAGUUAAUAUCCUCAGAUGUCUUCUUCUUUUGUUUAUCUUUUGUGAGGUUUGAAAACAUUUUUCUUGCAAUCUUCAGAUUGUUCUCUUUUUCAUGUUUGCAAAUACUUUAGGUAGUGUUAACCCGAAAAAGAAUAGCACUUUAGGCGAUGUUUUCCUAUGUCUGCUGCUUGUUCAGUUCUUCAUGGUUUUGUUCUGGUUCCUGUGGCCUGUUAUUAUGUCUGUGCUUUGCCCAUUUAUUGUUUAACCAUCUUGAAGGGCCUUUGAAGAACUUUGUAGACUUAUUCAAACAAAUUGAAGGUUAACUAAUUCUGAAAAAUUGGCUGAGAACAGUUGUGGGAUGGGUGAGAGUGGUUUAAGGGCAAGAUAGUAAGGUGCUUGUAUUCAAUUAUUCAGCUGGUACAAGAGACAAUACGCAAAUUCAUUGUGUUUUUGGUUUUUUGUUUUUUGUUUUAUGGGAUCAAAUCUGCAUUGUGGUUAAUUUCUACUUUUAGUAUUAUUCAAAUCUCCUGUAACUAGAAUUUCUCUGGAGGAAUAAGCAGUUGAAUGUUGUUGUGGGUCGUGCUAUAUGGUUUUUAAGGAAGCUGCUGCAUUUCAGCUGGUACAAGAGACAAUACGCAAAUUCAUUGUGUUUUUUGUUUUUUGUUUUAUGGGAUCAAAGCUGCAUUGUGGUUAAUUUCUACUUUUAGUAUUAUUCAAAUCUCCUGUAACUAGAAUUUCUCUGGAGGAAUAAGCAGUUGAAUGUUGUUG